AGAGAAGGAGUAGAGAGAAAGCAGCAAGCAGCAGGAGGAAAAAGAAGUCAGAGAUGAAGGCUUGUUUAUUUGGAUGACCUGUGAGGGACACACACGCAUACACACACACACACACACACACAUACAUAUACACACACACCUGACUGAUGCGCCUGCUUUAUGGACCAACACCACUUCCUCCUCCACUUCAAGCUGUGCACAUAGAAGACUGACAUCUGCGACCAGACAUGCAUUUCCACUACGCGGGGGACCACACGUGGGCGACCAUGUUGGGUCAGAGUGUGCGGUUGCAGCCGGUGCCCAUCCAGAGCCUGUCGGAGCUGGAGCGAGCCAGGUUACAGGAAGUCGCCUUGUACCACCUGGAGGAGAGGGACCUGGACUUCAAGAUCAGCAUCCCGAGAGAAAUACACAAACGGAGAAAAUCUCUACGCAGGAAGUUUGAUUCCUUCUCAAAGGAAAAGAAAGAGCGAGAAUCGGCCCCCAAGGCGUUCGGCAUCCCCCUCUCCCAGGUCAUCGCCAACGACCGAGCCUACAAGCUGCGUCAGGACGCCCUGAAGGAGAGCAGGCGAGACUGUCUGGACCUGGAGGCCAGCGUCCUGCGCUUCAGGGCCGAGAAGAGGCAGUUCUUCAACGGGAGCACAGGAGGAGGUCCCAGCUCGCCGUCUGCAAACGCGGUGGCACCGGCGCCCAUUUACGAGACCCACAACAAACCGAUGUCGCCCACGUUUCUGGAUAACUCCGGCCGAGGACAGAGGAGGGGGGGCCUGUCAGUGGACUCCAUCUCGGACCUGGUAGAGAGUCAGUCUCGCCUGCUGGAGGCGCUGCAGCUCUCCCACCCGGCCGAGCUGGAGCUGAAGAAGUCCCCGGACGGCAGGGGCUCGUCGGAGGUGAAGACCCAGACCAAGCUCAGCCUCAACCCCAUCUACAGACAGGUGCCGCGGGUGCUGGAGAGGUGCUGCAGUCACAUCGAGACCCACGGUCUGCAGACUGUGGGAAUUUUCCGAGUUGGUAGCUCUAAGAAGAGAGUGAGACAGCUGCUGGAUGACUUUGACCGGGGGGUGGACGUCCAGCUGGAUGAGGAGCAAUGCGUCCACGACGUGGCAGCGCUGCUCAAAGAGUUCCUCCGAGAACUUCCUGAUCCUUUGCUGUCCAGAGAGCUCUACCCCGCCUUCCUGCACGCCAACCUGCUGAGGGGAGCGGACCAGCUGCAGUACCUGCAGCACCUCCUCUACCUGCUGCCCCCCUGUAACUGUGACACCCUGCUGCGGCUCCUCAGCAUGAUACACACCGUGCAGUGCUUCGCCCAGGACACCAUCGGGACAAAUGACGAGGAGAUCUCCGGGAACAAGAUGACGGCGGCGAACCUGGCGGUGAUCUUUGGGCCCAACCUGCUGCAGAGGGAGCGAGGAGGAGACGCCAGUCCCCUUGCGAUGGGGAUCGAGGACAGCACGGCGAUCAUCAGCGUCACCCUGCUGCUCAUCCAGAACUACAGGAGGCUCUUCACGGUGUCUGCAGAGCUGCAGCAGGAGGUCCUGAUGAGUCUGAUCCAGACAGACCCAGACAUCAUCGACUAUCUGCUGCGGAGGAAACUCAGCGUCAGCCACCUGACGGCAGAGAGCAGCAGUGAGUCGGGGGGGCGUCGGGAUACAGGGGCGUCUCUGGACUCUGUGGGAGCCUCCAGUGGGAGUUUGUCCCCGCUAGAGCCACCGUCCCCUCUUUUCCCGCCCAAAAGCAACGGCAGUGAGGGCAGCCUGACCAGCGAGGUCUUCCUCAACGUGCUCAAACUGAACCAGAACAGGAAGCGCCAGGAAACCAGAUACGGUGAGGCCCAUUCAGGGAAAUCCAUCCGCCACAUGCGUCAGUUCCACUCCCACCACAACCUGCUCAGCCUGGCCCAGCCCUCCUUGUCUUCCAUCUCCAGACUCCCGAGUCAGGACCAAGACCCCCAGGACCGCCGGGCCCCGCUGGGCUCUGCGCUCAGCUUCAACCUGGGCGGCCUUGGCAGCGGCAGCUGCUCCAGCCUGAGCGCGUCGACGGAGAGCAGCAUCUGGGUGAGACAGACGCCAAACGAGGAGAGCAAACCCUCGUCGGUGUCUAAUUUCUGGGACUUCUUCACCGGGAAAGGGUCGAGCUCAGAGACGAUGGUAUGAUGAAGGCCAAGAAGAGAAAUAUGAAGGAAAAGAGGGUGUUUUUGCUGUCAGAAAUCCCCAGGGCCCAGUUUUUCAAAAGUGAUCCAGUGGGAGUUUAGAUCACGGAUUGGAUCAAAUCUUGGAAAUGGGUUUUUCAAAAGCAAAAGAGGGAUUCUGAACUAAGAUCAAAGCAUGUAAUCUGAUCUUAUAUUUGAUCUGGAUCAAACCUGCCCUUUGGUUUUUUUUAAACUUAGAACUCGGAUGGGAUCACUUUGAUCCAAAAGCAAACAGGAUUAUCCUGGUCCAGUUGGGAUUUUCUGAACUGGGUAAAGAACAAAUUUUGCUCACCCGACUGCAACAGGAAAAAUUACCGAUGGAGAUACAUCUCCUAAAGGCAGAGCUGGAAAGAUCUGGUAUCUGUCCUGUAAAAGAUUUUUGACUUUGGAUAGUAUUGUUUUUGUUUUGUUAUUUAAAAUUAUAACAAAAUAAGGAAUGUAAAAUGUUUCUGUAUAUUACAGUGUUUCUUAAAAUUAAAACCAAAAAUGGCUAUUUGUGGCCACCAGUAUUUAGCCUACCUGUUGUUCUUUGCUAAGCUAGUAGGCUACACUGUUGGUUCCAUUUAACGCUCUGGAAAACAGGAUGUGAUCAUCCUGAAAUUUGGUAUUUGGAUCACAAUGCUGGCUAAAAACUGGAUUUCCAAAUCCGGAUGAAUUUGAUCCAGAUUGAAUGUUUUGAAAAACUGGGCCCUGAAAAUUGGUCAAAUUUCCUGUUACAUAAAUAACACCCACACAACUGUUGAUUUACAAAAAUAAACGAAACACCCUGCGGCAUUUACAUGCACGACUCCUUUUUUUUUUUUUAAACCCUAAUUUCCUACUUGAAGAUACGACUUUAAGCGAGCAAGUUUUCCUUGUUGGAAGUUGUAAUUUCACACUUUUCUGGAACGCAACAUGCGUAUGAAUUGGGACACUGAAGAAGAAGGAAACGUCCGAUAAAAUGUUUCAAAGAUGUUUUGGAAAGUUUUGCAAACUUUUAAGCAGAACUCCCUCCUACCAAGACACGGACGCCAGUGAAUGGAGGAAAAGAGACUAAAUAACUCUGUUUGUGAAGAUUAUAUAAAAGUGGAUGCAGUAAUAUUUGUAAUGUAAAUAAUGUGUACAUGAUGUAUUCCUUUUACACACACACACACACACACACAACAUCUUUACUACCUAGAACAGCAUAACUAUGUGUAGCUAUAUGGACUCUACUAACACUUGAACUAUACCGGCACCAUAUCAGACUCCCUUUGCUUUUCCCGUAACCUGCAAUAAUUAACAUCAGCUGUCAAGAAUUCAAAGCCCCUGAAGACAUCUCUGCAAAAAAAAACACAACUCAUUAGAGCCUGAAUGCUUAACUUAAAGAAAAAAAGCUUUUAUUGAUGUCCAUGUAGGGACAGUCAAUCCUUUUGAUUCGUAGUUCAUAUAUACAGUUUGUUUUUGUAACAGCAUUUAUGCUAUAUCUCAACAUGUAGUUAUGUCCUUCACAUUGAAAUGUAGUCAUUGAAAUGCAAUUGAAAUAAGAGUCACACUAGAUGUAUACAAGCCAUUGUGGUUUAGAUCACGUUUAGCCGUUUUAAUCUUCUGAACUACAAAUCACCAUAUCGCUGCUGACUGAGUGCAUAAACCAGGGAUGGAACCAGCAAGUAUUUUCAUUGUCAAUUAAUCUGUUGAUUGUUUUUUUCAAUGAAUUACUCCAAAAUAUCAGAAAAUUGAUUUCACUUCAAAGUGUGUUUUUAUCAGACCAAUAUUUCUAAAGCAAAAAUGUAUUCACCUUACACGGAUAUACAGCAGCAACUCGACUUUAAGGAGCUAGAAUCAAUACAAAAUUUGGCAAUUUUGCUUGAUUGAUUAUCAAUAUUUUAUCAAUUUAUAUCACUUUGUUCUGUUUUCGACGCUUCAUUAAAUUCCGUGGCUGGAUGCUCUGAAAAACUUGUCACAUUUGAAACCUGUUCACCCUCCCCAAAAGAGACGGCGUGCAUUUAUCAACUCUCAAAAUCAAAAGAUUUGAAGGUUUACCAUCAGGAAGUUGCCCACAAACAGAUGACAAAGUGGUACAUACCAUAUAUCAUAUGUGAAAAGUCCCAUGAGGCCUGAGUUACCAGUACAAUAUACUGUUCAUGUCCCCCAAAUUCAACCAAAAGAGAGCCAUCUUUUAGCUUUGCUUUUCUUUGGGAGUUUUGCAAUACGUCAUGAAAUUUGGACUCUGGAGGAUCCAGACAGAAUUUGGAGCUAUGAUGGAAGUACUGUCACAAACACACAGAUGUUCACCAGCUGAACAGUGGGACCCAAACAUCAGCACACUCCACUUAGCAUGCAACGCAUUUCAAUCUCGAUGUUUUUUUCUCUCUCCUUAUUUCUUAACCUAAUCAUCUUGGGAACCUCUGAUCUGGGCUGUUUCAAAGGUUUUUCAAUGUCUAAAAUUUAAUGUGAAGCAGCUGGAUGUCUAAAAACAUUUUACCGUUCAACCAAAUUUUGCCCCUAACAUCUAGAUCUUUUGAAUUAGACCCAUUUGCAAGAAAUGUAAGUCAUUUAACGUCUGUAUUCAGCAUCUUUAAUAAUAUUACAGGAUCAUCUAGGAUAGUUACCUUCCUUUAUCCAGAGGAGGGCGAUAUUCACCACUUAAGAUCAACCUUUAAUCCUCUAAGUGCUUGCCCUAUCAUCCUCAGACUCCUGUAAUGUUGGUCAAAUGUGUAAUGUAUUAAGUUUGGGGAAUAGUGCCAAACAACUAGACACUGUAUAUAUGUUUCCCUUUGUCCUCCUUGUAGUAUAAAACCACGUUUCCAUUGUUGCACAGAGAUUUUCCCACAUCCUAAUGGUGCAUUGCUUCAUCACAAACACAGAAGUUGUGCAGUCUUUCCUUCCUCUCAGCAGGUGAAUGUAUCGUGUUCUAUUUUGGAUUCCUUUAGGAGAAAACAAGAUAGUCUUUUUGCUAGUGACUUGUUUUUUCUAUAUUGUUGUAAAAUCCAUCAAGACCUAAAUAAUGGACGUAAUAAUAAUGGACCACUUACCUGCAGAUAAUAAAUGUCAAACUGCC